AUGCCCGGCCGUGCCACCGCGACGGAUGAUCACGUGUGCGUCAUCGGGGCUGGACCGGCCGGCCUGGCGGUGGCGGCUGCCCUGCACCAGGUGGGCAUCCCCGUGGUCGUGCUGGAGCGAGGCACAGGAACCCCUUCCUCCGGCACCGCACUGGGCCUUUGGACCAACGCAUGGCGGGCCCUGGACGCCCUGCACGCCGCAGAGGAGCUCAGGGCCCAGUACCGCGAAGUCAGCCUAGUGCAGCUGUGCCGCGAGGGCGGGCGCCUGCUGAAGGACUUUGACCUGCACUCCUGCGACGGCGGCCCGCACGAGUUCAGGGGUGUGCGGCGUUCGUCCCUGGUGGCAGCCCUGGCUGCCCGUCUCCCGCCGGAGACCAUCCGCUAUGGCCACGCGGUGAGCGCCGUCGCCGGCGAAGAUCAGGGGGCCGGCGUGGCUCUGACUAUCGAGGGCGAGGGGUCCGGGGGGCAGAUGCGGUUCGCCGGGGUGGUGGGCGCCGACGGCAGCGCCAGCGUGGCGGCGCGUGCUGCGGGAAGAAAGCCCGCUCGCUCGGUGGGCCAGACGGCGGUGCGGGACACGGAGCUGUACUGGUUUGUGUGCUACGACACCCCUUCCACAAAGGCAUCUGCCCGGGCUUCUGCCCGGGAGGAGGCGCUGCGGGUGGUGACGGGGUGGGGCUGGGGCGUGGAAGCCGCCGUGCACGCGACUCCGGACGCUGACCUGGCCCGCAACGCUCUGGGCGACAGGUGGGACAUCUGGCCCGGGGCCGUCGCCGGCGCCGGCCUGGCCUUGACCCUGGCGGGGGAUGCGCUGCACCCCAUGACCCCCAACCUGGGUCAAGGGGCCUGCACCGCGCUGGAGGACGGCGUGGAGCUGGCGCGGGGCCUGGUGCGGGCCGGCUUCCGCGACGCCGGCUCCGGGGUGGAAAGGGCGGCGCGCUUCCGCGAGGCGGCGCGGGAGUACGAGGCGCAGCGCAGGCGGCGGACCCUGCCCCUCACGCUGCGCUCCAACCUGUUUGGCAAGAUCCUGCAGGCGCCGGUGGGGGUGGUGGCCGCCGCCAGGGACGCGUUUGUGAGCCGGGCCUUCCAGCCCGCGCACUUCCUGUCCCAUGCCAACUAUGACUGUGGACGCCUGGAAUGA